CUCUACUUCGGAGAGGUCCUGGGCCAGGCGAAAUUUCUCGCACACGGUCCUCCACUCUGAGCUCUGGUGCGCAGCCAUGUUUCUUUGAGGUAUGACAAGUGUUCACCAGCAGAGGUCAGGCCACGACGCGAAGCUUCUGAUAUGGCUGCUUAUGGCAUUGCCUUUAUCACUGUCCAAUAUUCUGGCGCCAUCUAAAUGUCAAGCAGUGUAUUUCACAGACACAAGCUGGCUGCUUGCACGUUUUGGCGGAUAUGACAGUAAGAUUCUUGUUUUACAUCACGGACUAAAGAAGAAGUUCAUGAUUGUUCUCUUUAGGGUACUACAGAGCAGAAAAUAACACCUCAUAGGGGUCACAGCAGCCUACAGCAGCUCUCUCUGUGUGAGUUUAAGCAGUUGCAGUGUAUUUUAGGAAGUGACGCUACCACCCACCAUCAGGAAAUAGACUGUUUCUUUUAGUAGAUGUAAGUCAUGAGCUGAAGGCAAAUCGGUCUUAUACCACAGUCAUAUACGUGGUGUAUUUUCAUCAGAAGCUAUAGGCAGAGAACGGAGGCAAACAGAAAGCCACUGUGGGAAGUUGCAGCCACUAUACACCACCUGAAGCAAGACAUUGUUUAUUAUACGCUGGGAGUCUUAUCACAAGAAACAAGAACAACCUGGAUACUCCACAAUGUGUGAGGUGUUAAUUGUUUAUACCAGUGAAGCCAGGGAAUGGGCAGAGUAUCUACAGCAAAUCUUGGCGGCAUCAUCUAACUUUCCAGAGGGCUCCGUCAUUCUGUAUGAUGUGAACGAAGAGAUGUGGAUGAAAAACCAUGAGCUGUUUGGCUCCAGCAAAUGCAUCAUGCUUUUGCUGUCUGCUGCGUUGCUGGACAUGCAGCAAGACCCAGAGGUGCAGGACACUUUCCGGGAUCUUCUUCAGCCUCCAUUCAAAAUUGUUGCCUUUUUGUGUGGCGUAUCAGAAGGGCAAGUGUCAGCGGACUAUUUUGAAUACUGGGAGUAUUGGAGAAAGCUCAAUUCAGAAGAAGAACCAUCAGUAUAUGUGUCUACCGUCCUUGAGUGUGUUAAUCAUGGAUCUGUUAAUGAAAAUCAUUGCCAGAAUCCAUAUGAAAUUGAACUAGAAGAACAAAUGAAUGAGUUCACAUUAUCAGAGAUUCCUGAGACUUUACCCGAUGAGACGGAACAGAUUCAGUUGGAUGGGAAUGAUGUUUGUCAUACUGAGCAAACUUCUUCAAAUGCCACGGAGCCACAAGAUGACCAAACUUAUCUCACCGUCCAACCAGAGAGAAUACUCUGUGGGAAUCAUGUGAAUAUUUAUAUAAUCAUGGUAAAGAAAAUUGUGGAUGAGGGCAGACUGGAGGUGGAGUUUCACUCUCAAUACUCGACACCUCUGCGGAUGCCUGGGACUCCUGUAAAUGAGUACAUUGUUACUGUACAGUCACCUGAUAUGCCAGCUGGGAAAGUCUCAUUGACUCUUUAUCAAAAUGAAUCUGUGGUCUGUUCAACAACUGUAACAUAUUACACAGAAAUGGAGGAAAUUUGCAGUUAUCUAAAGAAAGCAGUGGAUCCAGUGCAGUUCAUGUGUCAGGCAUUUGAUAUCACAUCAAAGGUGCCCGAGUCGUUGGAUAAUUUGCUUGCAGACUGUCUGGAAGAACGGAUGCCUCUAAAUGCAUUACAAGUAUUUGGAAUUAGUCAAAUUGCAGAUAACACACCAGCGGAUCACCGUAAUGUGGAACUUCCAACACUGCUUCACUUCUCAGCCAAGUAUGGCUUUAAAAAGUUAACAUCUUUGUUAAUGCGGUGCCCUGGGGCCAUGCAGGCCUACAGUGUGAUGAACAAAGAUGGUGAUUACCCUAACAAACUGGCCGAGAAGAGUGGCUUCUCCGAUUUAAGACAGUUUAUGGACGAAUAUGUUGAGACAGUAGAUUUAGUGAAGACCCAUAUAGAGGAAUCUCAGGACACCUCUGGCAAUGAGGAUAUCUAUGAGGACAUGUUGACGGCUUCCCAAAAUUUCAUCACAAAUUUCGAUAACGAGGACAUUUACGAGUCUAUGAUGAAACUAAAUCCUGACAUGGAUGAUGAUCUGGAAAGUGCUCUGGAGGACUGUAACUCGGAGACAAUGCUGAGAAAGUUUUUUGAAGCACAACCUGACAAGAGUUUACAGUCCUUUGAACAUGCUUCAACUAAUGGUGGAUUACCUGAAAUGGAUGAUGAAGAUUACCAUGACCUUAAUGCAGAAAUCUAUGGGGACGUAGAAGAAGAAGACCUGUAUAAUCCGUGCUGUCCUGAUCAAAUUUAUGACACAGUGGAGCCACAAUCCACCCCUGAAAUAAUCAACCGCCCACCAGCACCGAUUCCACGACCCGCCAACCUGCCAGAGCCUGAAGAGAACACAACCUACAUUUCCAAAGUUUUUUGUCUCAAGGAAUCUGUAUACUCACUCAGUCAACGGCCAGAAAGGGAUUCCUCUUUAGCUCCCGUACGGCUGGUGAGAGACAGAGACAUGAGCAGUCACCAUGACCCCUUUGCAGGUAUGAAGACCCCGGGACAGAGGCAGCUCAUCUCUCUGCAGGAGAGGGUGAAGGUGGGUGAGCUGACUGUGGAAGAGGCAGUGCAGGAGUUCAAGGCUUGGCAGUUUGAUCAAGAUAAAAGAUGGCGCUCUCUCCGCUUUCAGCAGGAAAAUUUACAAAGAUUAAGAGACAGCAUCACUCGACGCUGUAGAGGCAAAGGGAAAAAUGAGCUUAUGAUUACAGCACCCAUGCAAACAAACAGUCAGUGGGGUUCUCAAAUGAACGUGAAUUGCUCAGUGUACGAACCUGCACCUCGGUCGAUUGCCCAACCCCCUCCAGUUAGUAGACCGCUGCAGAGAGGAAGCUGGCAGACAGGAAGCACCUCCAGCACUUCUAGUUUGACCCGUGCAGGCAGUAGCAGUCACAGAUUGAGCAUUCAGAGCACCGUCAGCAACAGCAGUGGGGUGGAAGGAGAAUGUGAGGAGCCUCCGGAUAUUCCACUUCCUCCGCGGCCUCUCCGGCCUGUAGUGGAUAUUCCACCAGUACUCCCUCCACCCAGGGUCCCACCACGGGUAAUAGAGAGGAAUCCAGAGAUACUAAACGAGCGAUAUGUAUCAACUCCAUCACGUCCUGUUCAUCAGACGACUGCGCAAAGGCCCAUGCUGCCUCCACCUAUACCGAGACGCACAUGGUGAAGGCAUGCUUCAACAUGGCUGGCUUUCAUUCUGUUUUGACUCUGCACUUUUCUUGUUGAGCCUCUGAGAUCUGUAGUCUCUUCAAGGUGGAACAAAAGCUACUGAUUGUGUCCAAAACUGAAGACAGCUGCUUUGUUGCCCUGUCAGUCAAUGACCUUACAGAGGUUUUGUAUGAAGGUCCCUCUUAAGGAAACUGGUUUGCCAUUUAUAUUUACCAACUGCCAUCUACGUAUCACAGAGGAUAUUAUGCAAACAUCAGUUUCAGAAGCUAUCUUAUUUUUCACAUACUGCCUGUGGUUUCAGUGUCCAGUGUUCCUCAAGGGUUUUGAUCUAGACUCAACUUGCAAUGCAAACAAUCACCUUAGUUUAUAGGUAUUAAAUGAUAAAUCUUCAGCUGAAGAUAUGCAAUAUGUUGGAGGUUUUUUUUUUCAUAUAGUCACUUGUUUGCAAUAUAGCCAUUUGGUUUGUGCUCUCUGAGUCCCAUCAGUAGCAGACAGCAAACUCAAGACUUUGCCUACAUUUGUUGUAAUCCAAACUUUUUUCUAUUUGAAAUAUAGAUUGUGUUGGCUGGGAUUGGUCAUGAGAUGAUGAGAUUUAAAGAUGAAUAGUUUUAUGCAUUUCAAGUAUUUAUUGAUGUAUUCACUUUUUAUUGGCUAUGAUAUAUCACCCAAAUAGAAGCAGAGAAAGAAAGUAUUUAACAGCAUAAAAAGUGUGAAUGCACAGUGUGAAAAUGGCAGAUGUGUGGUUUGUGUGUGUGUGUGUAGUUUUUGUUUGUGGGUGUGUACAUUUUUGUUAGAUCGUGAAAAUAAAACUGAUUAAGGUCAUGAUAAAAUGGAUGUAGUUUUUCUUCCAUAUUGUCAUCCUUUUUAAAUACUUUCUAAGGUUUGCAAGGCUUUGUUUGUGUGUAAAUGCUGGCCUCUAUAGAGGCCCUCAGUAUAUAUAGUAUGGUGGAGGUGUUUGACAAAUGCAUAUAUUUACCUAAAAAUAAUGAGUAUUUAGCCUACCCGAUGUACUUGAAACAUAUUUUAUCUUUUGGCUUCGACAAUAUGCUCAAAAUUCCAUUCACAAAAUUAUUUAAUACUCAAUCCAGUAGCUAUAUGUUUGCUACUUGCUUAAUAAAUUUCAUGUGAAUGUUAAAAAUUACUUUCUCAGAUGUUUUUAUAUGUGCCAUUAUAAUUCAGUACAAAUAAAUACCAUUAUGAUUAAAAUAA